AGCGCGACCAGCGAUAAACAAAUGUUUCAGUUGAGUUGUGUAAUUCCAAGUAGGAAUGUCAGUGUACUUCGACGUGAUAUCCGAUGGUGCAAAACCUAGAAAUCGGUUUGUGAGGCAGAUUACAGUGCCAGAAAAAUGUCACCGGGUUAUAUGCACAACGAUAACUUCAGUGAGCACAUCAAUUGCAUCAGGAGCAUCCUAGUCAAGACGCUGUCUUCCGAAAAUGUGUCAAAAAGCGACGUCUUGAAAGUGAAACGAUUCGAUAAAAAUUACGGCAAUAACAAAACCACCGUCAAACAUGUAGUUGAUAAGGAAGCAAGAUUGCGCGGAUUGAAAGAGCGUCAAAAUGAAGAAAGGCAGAAGAAACUGGAGGAGUUACGGGCACAAGCACUGGCAGCACAAAGGUUCAAAGAGCAAAAGGAAUUCGAAAGAAGAAGACGCCUAGAGGACAUGAGGGUGAAAGAUGACCAACGCAGGCAUCUGGUCGAAGAAAGGAAAAAAGCCAUAAACGAAGCUGAAAGGGACAGACUGGAAUCGAUUUUACGCAGGAAUCAGGAAAGGGAUGCCAGAAUAGAAGCUAAGAAGCGGAACGAACGAAGUAGCAUAGUUUUUGCGUUUGGCUCUUCUACGCCUCGUAUGCUGGAUCCUACGGACGUGACGGUCUCAUUUUGGGGCCAUAGGAGGGCCACUUCGACUCAGAACAUUACUAUAUCAUCGUCCGGUAGCUCUUUGACCAGAAGACAGUCAGAAAGAGACCUGGACGCUAGCAGUAAGAAAAGAGCUACUUCGGCAGGAGGGCUUGAACGCGCCGCUGAAGGUUUGAUAAGUCCCACGACGCCCGCAGGCUGCGCCAGCGGAUAUAUUGGACGGCGCAGAACAGACUUAGUACCGACAAUCCCUUCGAGAGAUUCCUCUUUUCAUUCGUCCACAUCACGCAAGUCCCUCAACCAUUCGCCAGGUAGGGCGUAUUCGAUGUCUCGCUUAGAUCAACUGGCAAAGCCAAGGAAGCCGGUACUGCCGGCCCUAAACGAGUCAAACAUGGCGCCCAAGAGCUCGGUGACGCGCAGCAUGAGCCAUUUGGCGCACGUAGGUACCAAACUGAGUCCGAGGAAGCCUUUGAGCAAGACGGACAGCCGCAGCAUGCACCAUCUGAGCCCUGAUGCGGCUCACCCGCCCAUAGCUCCGCCAAGGGUCAAUCGAGCCACUCAGCUAAGGCAGCAGAAGUUGCUUUUGGCCCAACAGUCCAGUAGUGCCAGCGAGGCCUCCUCUAGACCGAGUAGUGCUAUGAGCCAACAAAGCACAAAUAGCGUAACAAGUUCAGUGAAUGUUAGACACCGCCUGUCCACUACACCACGCCGACCACGUCCAGCGAGUAUUGCGAUAACUGGAGUUACACACGACAAAAAUAGCAUUGAUAAAGGCGAACAUAAACCUCCCUUGCCUAAAACGAGAAAGCCUUUGUCGAAAACAAAUACUUCUGAAAAGAUCGAGAAGACAAAAACUAAACCUGCUAAAUCUCCUGCCGAAGAAUCAGCACCUAAGAUCACUGCGGAACAGAAAAAAGAAGAUAAAACCGAGAAAAAACAAGAAGUUGGACCCCAAAAGGUACAGCCUUUGCCUCAGAGGGUUGAGGCUUCUCCUCCAGAAAAAGAAUUAGAUGUAUCGCAAGUACAAACUAAGGAGCCAUCACCGCCACCAUUGAUUGCUACACAAGACAUAGAAGCACCAAAGUCUCAGGUUAUAGAAUCCACUGCCCAGCAUCAGGAAGAUCGGAAAGUUACUACAACAGAACAACUGUCCCCUCAGCAAGAUAACAUUAUUCAGAAUUUCAUAGAUUCAGAAAGGAAAGCAGCAGAACAGAUUGUAGGCGUCCAGAAGACGGAUGAAAAUUCAGCUAUCGUAUCUAACAAUGAAAAACAUGAAGAAAAGGAUGAAACUAAAGAUGUGAAGCAGGAUAAUAGCGACACAAUUUCAUCAGAAAUGACUACGUCCAUUUCCAAGCCAAGGAUAACUACAGAAGAGGAAGCUAAGGCUGCUUUAGCUGAAAGGAGACGUCUUAUUCGAGAGGAAGCUGAAAGGCAAGCAGAACUGGAAAGACAACGGAUUGAAGCUGAACAAAAGGCAGAGUUUGAGCGGCAACAAAGGGAAGAAGAGCAGGCAAGGCUCCUUGCUGAAAUGCAAAGGCAAUCCGAGCAAGAAAGGUUACAAGAGGCCAUUAGAGAAGCUCAGAGGCGCGAAGAGGAAGAAAGGUUAAGGAGAGAAGAAGAGGCUAGACAGAAAAUAUUAAAGGAAGAGGCCGACAAAAAAGCUAAGGAAGAGGCAGAGAGGCAGAAGGCUGAACUUCAAAAGAAAUUGGAGAAUGAAGAGAAAGAGCGCGAAGAGCGGAGAAAAAGAGUGGAGAUGAUCAUGUCCAGAACAAGGGGGAAGAACAAUGCUAACUUACCCUCACAGAAUUCUCAAGAUAAAACUAAGCCUGAAAACAAACAGGUGACAGAAGAAGAUAAACUUAAUGAAGAUAACAAAGUUAAUGAGAAUAAAUUAAAUGGAUCUCAGCAAGAGAAUGGGACGAAUGACACUAGCACCAAGAAUGGCAAGGAUAUGGGAAUUGUUGACAAUAUAAUUCCAGAUGAUAGUCUAAAGAAUGCCAACACUACGGUUACGGACACGUUAAAUUCGGACUCAAUAAACUCAAACAGCGCGUGGCAGCCAACACAGCAGUACGGUAACCUCCUAUACAAUAAUAAUAGUUAAAGAGUGACUCCAUCUGUGUUUUUCAGAUUCAUAGAUGUGAGCUGAGCGCAGUUUUAUAUUAUUUAAACGUUAGCUAGAUUAUAUUAGUCCUUGUCCUAAUAUUUUUUAAAGUAAUUUAUUUUGUAUUGACUACGGAAAACGGUUGUAAAUUUGAGGUGAUAGAAUAAAAUAUUUAUAGAGACGGCAACUCGUUCUACCCUUACGUUAAUUGGUUAUAUUCGACUGAGACGGGACAAGGUCCGUCCUGAUGGAAAAACAGCCUUGUUUUGAUCAGUAUUCCGCUUUUUUUCGAUCAGGAGAGUUAUCUUCCACUUUAUUUUUUUUUGUUUAAUUUAACAACUCGGUCUGUACUAGUCAUCUUGUAUGUUAAAUUGUUGUAUAAUGUUAUCUAAUAUACUCUGCUGUUGUAAUAAAACAGUGUAGUUUAACUAAUAUAUUUUUUAUUGCGGUUUUGUUUUAAAAUGCCUGUCUGCAUUUUGAACGUUUUUUUAAAGAAAUCGCCAUUUUGUUGACUUUAUUCGAGCGAUAGAUUAUGUUGAUGGGAAAAGGUCAUUUUUUGUUAGAUUAAAUGAUAUAUUUUCGAUUAAUUACGGAAAAAUUAAACAAGUUAGAAAGUUACAUAGGUUUUGUAUAGCUUUAGAGAAAGAAAAUUAAUUAUAACAAUGACUGUGACAAAUAUUAAUUAGAAUACAUUUUUUCCAUUGUAACUGUCAUUUAUCUUUAUAUAAUUAUAAUAAUAUUGAAUAAAAUUUAUCACGAGGCAAUUAUAGGUU